UUUAUGUCUUCCCUUGAGAAAGGUGAUACACGUGAAAGGAGCGACAAAAUGGAGAACGCAAAGGAGGAGACGAUAAACAUGCAGCUGAUCGGUUCCGAGAGCCCGUACAAGGUUAACAAUGAAAUCGCUGGAAGCGGGCUAAACGUGUCGGAAGUACCAAUAUCGCCGACCACGAAUGCAGAGGACUACGACCCCCAUAAACAUCGGAACAGACCGAACCCAACCUCAAACGCGGAAACGUUGAUUCACCUGCUGAAAGGGAGCUUGGGCACGGGGAUCCUCGCGAUGCCGAACGCGUUCUGUAACGGUGGACUCGUGACCGGUGUGAUAGCGACAGUGAUCAUAGGAGUGUUAUGCACUUAUUGCCUCCACGUACUAGUGAAAGCUCAGUACAAACUGUGUAAACGGUUAAGAGUUCCUAUAUUGAGUUACCCGAUGAGCAUGAAGUACGCUCUCGAGGAAGGUCCCGAUUGUGUCAGGUGGUUCGCGCCCUAUGCACCAGGACUCGUAGACGGGUUCAUGAUUACGUAUCAAUUGGGAAUAUGCUGCGUUUAUAUCGUAUUUGUAGCGUCGAAUAUAAAGCAGGUGGCGGACCAGUACUGGGAGCCGUUGGACGUUAAAACCCACAUGCUGAUUCUGUUGCUGCCGUUGAUACUGAUCAAUUACAUAAGGAAUUUGAAGCUGCUCGCGCCGUUCUCCACCCUGGCGAACGUGAUCACGUUCGUUGGUCUCGCGAUGAUACUGGUGUAUAUGUUCGAGGAUUUACCGUCGCCCAGCGAGAGGGAGAUGUUCGGUACAUUCCGAAAUUUCUCGUUGUAUUUCGGCACCACGCUGUUCGCCCUGGAAGCUGUCGGGGUGAUAAUCGCGUUGGAGAACAAUAUGAAGACUCCGCAGUAUUUCGGAGGAUACUGCGGUGUCCUGAAUAUCGGAAUGACGGUGAUAGUCGCUCUCUAUAUUGUCAUCGGGUUUUUCGGGUACAUAAAGUAUGGACCCCUGGCUGGCGGUAGCGUCACCUUCAAUUUACCCCCGGAUCAGAUUAUGGCGCAGAGUAUCAAGAUUAUGUUCGCAAUCGCGAUCUUCAUAACCCACGCCCUACAGGGAUACGUUCCCGUUGAAAUCAUAUGGAACACAUACCUGGACCACAAGAUCCAGAAAGGAAAAAUCUUCUGGGAGUAUGUCUGUCGAACAGUGAUCACUCUGAUAACUUUCACGCUGGCCAUCGCCGUGCCCAGGCUUGGACUCUUUAUCUCCCUGUUUGGCGCGCUCUGCCUGUCCGCCCUUGGGAUCGCAUUUCCAGCGAUCAUCGAGAUCUGCGUGCUCUGGCCGGAACGGAAGUUCGGCCCGUGCAUGUUCAUGCUGCUGAAGAACCUAUGUCUGAUCGUGUUCGGUCUUCUCGGCUUGGUGAUCGGCACCUAUGUGAGCAUCGUCGACAUCGUGAACUCGUUCAAGUGAACACGGAUGGACCCAGUCGCACCGGAGAAGUCCAUCGUUGGAAAGCAAGAAGAAGAAGAAGAAGAAGAAGAAGAAGAAGAAGAAGGGUGGUUUAGCUUAAAGAGGCGGGCGCCUUAGGUAGACAGAGUACCUUGUAAAACAAACCGCAGUGGCGGAGAGAUCAUUAGGGAACGCAGCCAGAGAGCUAUUCAUGAUGUUCAUGAAUAACGCUUCAGUCGCGUCGUUAGCGCACUUAGACCAAUUUGUUUUCGUAGAUUUUUAAGAAGUAGGGGGAUGGACGGGGGAGUCGUGUAGUGUUGGACAGAGCAACGCUUUGAAUCGAGACGUCCACACGUGGGGCCUUAAAGCGAGAAUAGAAGAGGAAGAGUGGGAUCCUGAAGAAGUUGUUGAAGACGGCGGUCGAGCGGGACUUUGAACCUACGAUGGUGAAGACAGUAAUGAAGAUGGAGCUACAUAAAUUUUUAACCUCUUCGGUUGGAACGCGUCAUCUUCUUCGCGAUUACAGAACCGACCUACUUUUAUGUAACUGUUCUGCAACAUGCAACCUUGGACGGAAGCGAAUUAUCGGAAUAGUCGUGUUGACGAAGCAACGUAAACUCUGGAGCUUAUGAAGAGUUGCCUACGAGGAAAAGAAAGAACUCAAGUAGAUGAUCGAUAUUAACAACCGUGCCCAAUGACUGGAUUUCCAGCAUCAUCCGACAAACAGAAAGGAAAAUAAAAACAGGAAAAAAUGUACACAUAUAUAUAUAUUGAAAGUGAAUCAUCGACAAACGAAAUCUGUGAUCGAAGAUUUUAUAUAGGAACGAAUGAUGCAUUUCUAUUCAAAUCGUUGAACUGUGUUACAGAUGUAUAAGGACGUUAAUUGUUCUCCAACGUCCGGUCGGAUGUUCGCCAAUCGUUCAAGGGCCAUUGCCUUCGUCUCGGUGAUACGAGUACUUACGUUCACUGUGUACAUACCGUUUGUACGUAUCGAAAACGUGAUCCUUAUUCGCGUGUAAUGUACAACGAGUGAGAUCCAGGCGUUGAUAACUGUAUUUAAUUACAAACUAUACACCCUAUAGGUAUGCAGGAAAGGAACAAUCGACAAUUUGCAUUCCUUUUAAUUUCGGUCAGAUUUCACUGAUGUCCAAGAGUUAAAAAUGAGAAGAGAAUGAACCCAAUGCUCAUAGAAUGCCUGACAAAAUCUGAAUCGACCCAGACCUCACACUAUCUCUUCCUCGAAAUCAUCGAUAAUUGCACAAAGAAGAAUCGUACUAUGUUAUCGGGUUACCAUUAUAUUUUCUCAAAGGAAUGUUGUUGACCGCCAAAGGAUCCAAGGACCCAUCCCCAACGCCUAGAUCUCACGAGCGAUCGUACACCAUGAUGGAGAGAAGCAAUAGCGGAGGAUCGGAUGUGGUCUACAAGGACAGAUGUCAGCAAUACACGUAGUACAUAUAUUGUUAUGCCUUACUUUUUAACAGAGAAGCUUGUAAUAACGAUUCUUGCCUCCCUGCGAAAGCGAGAGGCAGGGCAAACCGAACAAUGUUCAAACGACACGGUGAAAAUUGAGGUUAUACAUACAAUACCCUCGUACCGUCACUGCCGGGUAAAUCGGGUCGGAUGAUCGCACGUAAUAGAACAUAGGAAUUAUUGUGUUAGGGUACGGGAAAAGGGGAAUCGCGAUCAACGUCGACACCGCUCGUUCCUUUGUUCGCGUUGACGCUGAAUCGCGGCAUUUUCCUGUUUUCGCGUUUUUCUUUGUUCUUCAACCGAGGCUACUACUACGAUCGCACAAUCAUCACGGAUCUCCGCUGUGCACCUUUCCGUUCUCCAGGACACGCUCGCCGAU